CUGAGUGACCUAGUACAGCAGGUUUUAACAGUGAACACUACUGUCACUGCAGCAGUGAAAGACAGACAUGGUGGCACCACCUUGUGGCUGGAUGAGUUCUGUACAGCACUCAGUGAUCACAUGGUGCUCCCCAGACAGGACUUCAGAAACAUUGAAAAGGAAGACAUCACAGACCUGCAGUUCCUCAGAGAAAUGAUGGCCAGAUCACUUGAUGAGCUACUGAAAAGUCUUCAGAAAGAAAGCAGCAGCAAACCUGACCUUGACUUAAAGAUUUUCAGACGCAGACCUGAUGAGAUUCUGUGUGAGGCGCUCAGUGGCUGUUGGGAACAGUGUCCCUUCUGUAAAGCCAUCAGCACAAACACGAUCCCUGGUCAUAACUCUGAUCACAGUGUCCAGUUUCAUCGUCCUUCUGCUCUGGCUGGCUGGCAUAUCCAUGGGACAGAUAUAUUUUAUGUUGAUAUUUGUACCACCUCAGUCAGCAGUGACAAGAGUUUCUAUCCUACUUGGGAAUCUACUAAAACUGUUCCCUAUAAGACCUACAGAGAAGCAGGUGAACCUUACAGCAGGUGGCGCAUCACCCCAGAUAACAGCGAGCAGUCCUACUGGAAAUGGUUCAUCUGUACUUUCAGGUCACAGCUGGAGGAGAAAUUAAAGUAUAAAUUUGUAGGUCAUGGUGAAAUUCCCAGUGAGUGGAAAACAAUUGGAAAGAGCUCUGCACUGAAGGAACUGAAGUAACUAUAAAUUGUUUCGAGGUGAUUAAAAACUGUCUUUUGUAUAAACUGAUACCUGAGUAAAAAUGAAGUGAAAAUAUAAGUCCGAUAUCAAACAGUUCUACUGGAAAUGGUUCAUCUGUACUUUUAGGAUCAAGAUCGAGUGGGAAUUUGGAUUAAAUUCACUGAUUUGGGUAAAAUCCCUGAAGACUGGGACAGAAGCACAAAGGAGGCAGCUCUGACAGAUGAGCAGUAAAC